AUGCCAUCAGCAGCCACCUGCUCAGGCACGCCCCCCCACGCUCACACAUACCUGGGGGGUGCCGAGGGUGGGGGCGGGGACGAAGAACGGGAAGAGGUGGGGCUCCAGCGGGGGGCGUCACCCUAUCAGCUGAACCUGAAUGGAGAAUCAAAGCAGAGCGACGAGGACGAGGACUUCCUGCUCUACAACAUGCUGGACAACAUGAGCCCGCCCACCUGUGACAUCAGCGGCGAGGGGGGGCUGCAGGUCGCACACACCUGUGAGGUCAGCACGCUGUUUGAGGAGGACGCCUCCAUCUUCCCUCUGAAGGGGGACGCCGAGGAACUGUCCUGUCCCAUCCACCCCCCCGACACCCAGGAGGACACGGCCCAGUCCGCCCACCUCAUGACUCUGGGUCUCUGUCGCAUCUCAGCCGCCAAACCUGCUGCUCCUGCUGCUCCUCCUCGCAGCUCCUCCCGACCCCUCCCCCCCCCUCCUCCUGAUGACCCCCCUCGCCUGUCUCACGGCCUGAAGCAGAGUGAGAUGGACAGCGAUCGGAGGAGGACGUCCCCACGCAGCAGGAAGAGGCUGCCGUGUCUCAUGUGUCCUCUGACGCUGCCGUCGCGGCGCCUCCUGGACGUCCACGUGCGGUCGCACCGGGUGUCCGGCGGGUUCGGCUGUGUCCGCUGCAGCCGGACGGCCGCCACCUGGGAGGAGCUGGAGGCUCACUGGAGGAGCCACAGCAGGAGGAGGAGGGAGGAGCUAGAACAGAGGAGGAAGGUGGCGAGUCGGUUCAGCUGUCCCGUCUGUCUGAGGACGUUCAACAGCGCCGCGUCCCGAAACACUCACCAACAAACGAAGGACGGCUGCCGUCAGCGUCACGACGGCAACGGCUCAGAGUUGCGGAGGGGCCGGCUGAUUGGACGAGCAGGAGCGAAGGAGGCAGGUGACAGUGAGACCAGCAGGUGUCAGACUGGUUCACUGCACAGUGUCUCACAGCAGAAGAAGCAGAGCAGUAGAGGACACACAGAGAGACGGACAGAGGGACAGAAGGACAACAAGGAGAAGGGCUUCUGUUGCUCUCUGUGCCACAGGAAGUUCUCCACCAAACUGACUCUGAGGCGUCACCUGGGCGUCCACGGAGGAGACAAACCACACAUCUGUCCUCACUGCUCCUACAGCAGCAGACUGAAGGCCUCACUGCUGCAACACCUGAGGACACACACAGGUGAGAGGCCGUACAGGUGUGCUGAGUGUCCGUAUGCAUCGAUAGAUCGGAGCUCUCUGCUCCGACACAUGAGGACACACAGCCAGGAGAGACCGUACAGCUGUCCACACUGUGACUACAGCAGCAUCCAGAAGAAGAGUCUGGACCUCCACGCUCGCCGUCAUCACACCGGCGAGGCGUUUCCAUGCCAACAGUGCGAAUACUCGAGUCCGGACCGCCAGCUGCUGCUGAGGCAUGUACGCAGACACCACGCCCCCUCCCAGCACGCUGCCAUGUGAUGCUGACAGGACGCUCCGUGUGUGAAGACGUGACCAGGCGUGAUGAUGUCACACACAGAGGAAAGGUUCUCAUUGGUUUUGGCUUUGUUGUUUCUCAAGGUUCAGUCUUGGAAAACCUGGAAAAGACUUGGAAUUAAAAAGCAAUUUCUAGGCCUGGAAAAAGUUUUGGAAAACUAAAAAUACCCAGAAAGUUUUGGAAAGUCCUGGAAUCAGUUUCACAAACCUGUAUAAUGAAAUGUGAGGUGUUGAAGGGCCGUCUUCUGUGUUCACAGUUUGAGGCUGAUAGAAGGUGAUGACCUCUGAACCCGCAGAAAAAAAACAACCCAAAUUUAAAAAAACAAACAGUUUUUUUCUUUCAAAGCUGCCAAAAAUGAUUA